AUGAUCCACAAGCUCGUCCCGUCUGAAGGCUCAACCACCGGCGGAAGUGAGGUAACUCUGCUCGGUAGCGGGUUUUAUCCUGGAAUGGAAGUUGUAUUUGGCGAUACGCUGGCGACGACGACAACAUUUUGGGGAGAUAAGUGUUUGAAUUGUCUCACUCCUCCUGCGUUACAACCUGGCACGGUUCCUGUUGUAUUCAAACAUGAGCACCCGACUUUUGGACAGUUCCAAGCAUCUACGCAGCCUAUGAUUCCAAAGCAACCAAUAUUUUUCCGCUAUGUGGAUGAUCGAGAACUCCAAAUGUACCGCGUCGCACUUGGCAUCCUAGGCCAAAAACUGAGAAACCCCGCGGACGCAUUUCAGACCGCUCAGCAAAUCAUGGGCGGAGGAUCUAGUAAUAUGUGGAACUUGCAGGGUAACUUCCAAGGCAAUGGGCAGCAAGGUCAUGGAAAUCAGAAUUCACAGGCAAACAUAAAUGACUUAGAUGCGAAGAUGCUUGUAUAUCUCGAAUUCAUGGAUUUGGAUGACAGUCCCAGAUCACCGCGCUUUAAUCGCCGUUCUCCUUCAGGACAAACCCUUCUUCACUACGCUGCUUCGCUUGGAUUAAUUAGAUUCGUCGCUGGACUUCUUGCCAGGGGUGCGAACCCGAAUAUACAAGACAAUAAUGGCAACUCGCCGCUUCAUCUGGCGGCUUUGAGUGGCCACAUUCACAUUGUCCAUCGCCUACGUUUGGCUGAUGCUAACGUGGCUGCUACUAAUUUGCGUGACUUUACUCCGGCUGAUCUUGCAACCUCAUUAGAAACACAUCAAGCCGUCCUCGUACCUGCUCGACACUAUCGAUCGCGCAGUGUUGGUUCAACUCGGUCGUUGCGCCGCCGCCCAAGUUCUGCAUCACUUGACAUGUCCUGGGAAAUUUGGUCCGGCGAUUCGGAAAAUAUUGAUGUGGAUUCGUCGGAUGAUUCAUCGGAUGGAAGUGAUGAGUCCGAGGCGACAGGCGAAGCUUCUGAUUCUUCUUUCUUCUAUCCUGCAUCCCGACGAACGAGUAUACACCGAGACAGCAACGCUGGCUUCUACUUUUCCCGUCCUCACGAGUCCAGUGCUCAACCUAGUCGUGUACAACCACCAAACGACGGAGAAACUGAGGGUGGAGAUGAGAGAAGAACGAAUAUUCCUCAUGAGCAACAGGAGCAGCUGCGGCAGGCUCAUGCUCGCAAGAUGAAGAGGAUUCGCAGUGACCGGAACCUCUUUUUCAUCUGGAUCCCGCUUCUUAUCGUCGUUGUUAUUGCCAUGCUACAAAACCUCGUACCUGAUAUUUGGCACGGUCUUUCUCGGGGUUAUCAAAUGUUCAAGGCGCGUCAUCGGUCCCAAACUCAAGAAAUCCGUAAAUUUACUUUUACUUUGAAUCGUUUUCCACAGAAGGCGGUCCGGGAAUGGAUCAAGACACAUGGCACACCCCCACAAAGUAGCAGCUCAUCUGCUACACAGGAUAAUCACGAUGCGUUUGAGUGGCUUAUAAUACAUGUCGUUUCUGGCCACACGGAGGUGGCUGACAAAUCUGCGGCGGGGUCAAAAUGGCCCGGCAGAGGUUCUACUACGGUGCUGGAGAAAAUUAAAGCAGAUUUUGGUGGAUCAUCAAAGUCGUCUAUUGACCGUGUCGUACAAUUACGCAUCCCGAAGGCAGAGUCGGAUGAGCGACCUCCAGAGCUAGCCGACCAACUCGAGGACCUAGUUGCGAAAUUGAAAUCUUCGAUCCUCACGUCUUUUGAUCAUCGCGUUAGUCAAUAUGAAGAAGAUAUUCGGCUCAAGGACUCACAAAGAAACCUUCCUGGAUGGAAUUUUUGCACGUUCUUUAUUUUGAAAGAGGGGCUUGCGCGCGGAUUUGAACAUGUUGGUUUAUAUGCAGAUGCGCUGGUUGGAUACGAUGAGCUUGCAGUUGGAUUGGAUGCGGCUCUUCGUGACCAGUCUGUUGCUAAGGGUGACCAACAUGGCGGGACAUUUCUCAGUUGCACCAACGAUGUGAGGGCGAAGGCUGAAAAGGCUCUAGGUUUGGUACCUAGCGAGGCCGAUAAUGAUGUUAGUAAAAAUACCGACGAUUCGUACGAAGAUGAAAGCGAGGGAAGAGAUGGAAAUGAUUAUUCUACCGUCAUUGCCGUGGGCGAAGAUCUCUUUCCUCUUGAUUCACACAAAAAACCGUACCGUGAAAUGAUCCUUGCCAAUAAUAUUUCAGUCUUCGAUUUUCGGGCAUACAUUUUUUCUCGACAGAUGAUGUUGCUAUUAAAAGCUGCUAGAGCUCCUUCAUUACGAGAUCAAACUAACGAAAAAUUAGCCAAAGAAGCUGAGGAUUUAACACUUCUUGCAGAAAUAUGUGAUCGGGCAAGCGAGUUUAUUAGUGUUGGGUCGCGAACCUUGCGACACGAUCUGUAUGUUGGCCUCGACGAGCUAGAACAUGAUCGCGAUGAAUCCAGUGUAACGGAGGUUGUCAACAACAUAGUGUAUUCGUGGACAUAUUCCGCAAUUUCACAGGUACUAAUCCAAACCGCCACGGAUUCCCUCGAUAUCCCAAAGGCUUCCCUUCGAAAUACACGGGAUCUGGUGAAUGCGUCCGUGCUGGCAAAUUUUGUUACGGAGACACGACCAGGCGUCCCGAAGCGGUCGAGCUCACUGACUGCCAAUACUCUGAUUAGCAGUCGACCUACUAGCCUGGACAUCAUGUCUCCGGGACUGUAUAGCGGAGCGCAGCCUAGAGCCCCGCUGGCUUCCUUAAGGUCGAGUGUUUCAGCGCAACUGAGGACCGGGCAAUCUGAGCUUGCAUCUGCCCGUGGUGACUUAUUCCUUUACGCUCGCCGAACCUUGGAAAAUAUUGGACAACGGUGUGGUUGGUCGAAGAAGUGGCGGGACCUGGGAUUACUCUUCGAUGCGCAGAACGAAGCUGCAAAGGGAUUGAAGGACGUACCUCUAGAUGGGGACGGAGAAACACAAGAAUUUACGACUGUGGACCAGGAAGUCACGCCGGUGCUAAGAGGGAUUGAAAAUCCGAAACUGAUAAGCUCUUGCAGGUCAGAAAAACAAUAUAACUUUAUGUAUGAAGGAUUAACCGAUCAGAUAUUUCGCCAUUACGUCGCAGCAAAUAGAACACGAUCUGCUGAGAUGGCAAUGGCCGAUAUUGCAGUCCUGAGAUACCGCGCAGGCGACUAUGGUACCGCAGCCUCGUACUUCCAUCAAAUGGCUCCGUUCUAUGCCAGCUGCCAUUGGGGGGUUCUGGAAGGGGUAAUGCUUGAACUGUACGGACGAUGUCUAAAGCAUCUGGGCCGAAAAGAUGACUACGUCCGGGUCCUUCUUAAGCUACUCGGAAAUUAUGCCGGGGUCGCACAGUCAGGGCAAAAGGCAAGGUCUUUUCGAAGCAAGAGAAUGAGUUCUGCAGCACCAUCAUCGUUUCCCCCCGUUGCCCGCACAUUGGUUUCCAACUACGUCAAUGACCUAUUUGAGACAUCACAGGUCCUUUCCGCCGACUUUUCUGUACCACUCAAUGAAUUUUUCAGUGGCAUACAUAUCAGCUCGACCAUCCAUCAUUUCGAGGAUAAGGAUGGGAUUCUCGUUGAGCUUUCCCUAAGAUUUCUUCUUGGAAAUAGUAUUGAAGUUGAUAGUGUAAAGAUGCGACUUGUUAACUCCACAGGUGUUCAUAGCAGCGAAAUCUGGUUAGAAAAUUUGGAUUUGGUCGUCGUAAAGUCGACUGUAUCGAAAAUCCCCCUCCACGCUUUCGUUUCAGUGCAUGGAAAAUAUAUGGUGGAUUGCAUUGAGGUGCGAAUCAGAAAUAUUACGUUUGUCCAACAAUAUGGAUUACCAUCGUCAUUCCCUGCAGGGUUACAGCAACCUAACGCGGAUGAUUCCGACGACGAAGCUGAGCGCCCAUUUGUUUUCUGUUACCCUCCUGCCAGGGGACUUCAAGCAGAAGUUUCGCCUCCGUAUCGCAUUAACCUGAGUGAGCUACGAACAAUAGAAAUCGGACUAAAAAGUGGUUGGAACGAUAUACUCAAGGGCGCUCUACGAGUAAAACCCGCGACUGCUGGACUCAGGCUCCACAUUGCAGAAGUCAGCAUUGUAGAUGGCGAUUUAAAGUUGGCAGGGAAUGCAGAAUCCGGCCAGAUUGAUUUCACGAGCUUUGGACCAAAUUCAUCCGCCAGAUUGAGUAUUCCGUACACCAUUGAGGACGAUCAAACGACGUUGUCUGCACGUUUGGAGGUGGUUUAUGAGACGGCUGAUUGCCAAUUCUCUUACUUCUCUGCAACAUCGAUAAUCUCGACACUGCCAGUGAGCGUCAAUGUUCAGGACAUAUUCAAAGACGACUCGCUAAUAUCAAGAUUCACGAUCAGCCCGGCCAUGGCCACACCCCUCCGGAUACUUAACUGCAAGAUCCCCAGCUCAGAGGUAUACGAGGUCCAACCCAGUAUUCAUCGUGGGCAAGUCCUUGAUUGUUUCCCUCGACAGUCGGCAUCGGUACUUUACAAAAUUAUUCCCCGCGGAGAGAAAGCACUGGAAGCAGAUGCAUCGAAACGGUCUCUUGCUCUGACGAUUGAUUUUACCUGUCUUGACGAGGAGUGCCUAAGCGUCAUUGAAAAUCGAUUUGUGCAGGAUAUUGGCGCAAGUAAAUUUGCGCAACUAGCUCGGCUCCUAACACCUCAUCUUCUUGAAGCAUUCCGGAGAGAAUGGACUGCGAAUGACAUGGAAAUAAUUAGCCUCAUCAGGGAGAUCGAUAUAUUGUCGUAUGAGCGUGUCCAGUGGGAAACCGUGACCAAUUCAUUGGGCGGGAAGCUCGGAAAGGAAGUUGUCUCGUGGCUCAAGGAAUGGCACACGCAACACACCACCCUAUCACUCCCGAACGACUCCAACAUGACCGCCACCACCACCAGCAGCACCACCAUCCCCAACCGCCAGAUAAUUAUCCCUGUCGACGUCCCCAAUGUCCAAAUCGUUCACACGGCAAACCUCACCAUCCCCAAACCAGACGACCUCAUCCAGGCAACGGUCGGGGAGAUGAUCCCCGCAACGCUAACCAUACGCCAUACCCGCCGCUGGUGCCCCGUACAGGCCCGGGAGCCAGAAGCGAGCCUCGAAUUCUCCUACGAGAUCCUCGUGAACCCGGACGUGUGGCUCGUGGGCGGGCGGCGCCGGGGCAAUUUCACCGCUAAGGAAGGCGAGACGCGGUCCUUCACCGUCAUGCUCCUCCCGCAGCGGCCGGGCCACCUAUUGCUGCCCGGGCUAGACAUUAAGACGUAUGUCACGCAGGCGUUGGCGGCCGAUCCGGAAUUGCCCUCGAGCGUUGUGCAGCGGAGGGCAGUUCCUUGCGAGGUUGAUUAUCUGAAUCAUGCCGAGACAGUGCUUGUGUCGCCGAAUUUGCGGAAGACCACGGUUAAGUUGGACGUUUCUGGUGGUGGAGGUGGUGGUGACGGCAGCGGCGGCGGCGGGGGUUGUUGGCUGGUCGGGUCUGAACGGAGGGUUGGAGUCAUUGGUUGA